AGUUGGUGUCGUUGCCGGCAGGUGUCGCUGUAUGGUGUGUCGAACUAUGAGAGCCGCAUAGAGGGUGCAAUUGGCGGCGCAGCCGGCAGGUGUCGCUGUGUCCUCGUUGUGCCGCAUUGUUAGAGGCAGUUUCCGGCGGAAGCGGUGACCGAGCAGUUCCCGGGACCGGAGCAGAGAAGAUGCCGCUGGAGAACCUGGAAGAAGAGGGGCUGCCCAAGAACCCGGACCUCCGCAUCGCGCAACUGAAGUUCCUGCUCAGCCUCCCGGAGACCCGCGGAGAUGUCAGGCUCCGUGCCGAGCUCAUGGAGGCCGUCACCCUCAACAAUAUGGCUCCCUACUACGAGAGCCUCUGCAAGCAGGUAGACUGGCAAGUAGACACAGACCUGCUGAAUAAGAUGAAGAAAGCAAAUGAGGAGGAGCUGAAGAGGCUCGAUGACCAGCUUGAGGAUGCAGAGAAAAACCUGGGCGAGAGUGAGAUUAGAGACGCGAUGAUGGCGCGAGCCGAGUACCUGUGUAGGAUCGGCGACAAGGAAGGGGCGCUUACAGCUUUCCGAAAGACGUACGACAAAACAGUGGCCCUUGGACAUCGCUUAGAUAUAGUGUUUUACCUGCUGAGAAUUGGUCUGUUCUACAUGGAUAACGACCUUAUCACACGAAACACAGAGAAAGCUCGCAGCCUCAUUGAGGAAGGAGGUGACUGGGAUCGCAGGAACCGGCUGAAGGUCUAUCAGGGACUGUACUGUGUGGCUAUUCGAGACUUUAAGCAAGCAGCUGAACUCUUCCUGGACACUGUUUCCACGUUCACUUCCUAUGAGCUGAUGGAUUACAAGACCUUUGUUACAUACACCGUGUAUGUCAGUAUGAUAGCAUUGGACCGUCCGGAUCUGCGAGAGAAGGUCAUCAAAGGCGCAGAGAUCCUAGAAGUGUUACACAGUCUGCCCACAGUCCGGCAGUAUCUCUUCUCUUUAUACGAGUGUCGUUACUCUGUUUACUUCCAGUCUCUGGCGGCUGUGGAACAGGAGAUGAAGAAGGACUGGCUGUUUGCCCCCCAUUACAGAUACUACGUCCGAGAGAUGAGGAUUCAGGCGUACAGUCAGUUGCUGGAAUCGUACCGAUCACUGACUCUAGGUUACAUGGCUGAAGCUUUCGGGGUCGGCGUAGAAUUCAUAGACCAGGAGCUCUCCAGGUUUAUUGCGGCUGGAAGACUACACUGCAAGAUAGACAAAGUGAAUGGCAUUGUAGAGACCAACAGGCCGGAUAGCAAGAACUGGCAGUACCAGGAGACCAUAAAGAAAGGCGACUUGUUACUGAACAGAGUACAGAAGCUCUCCCGUGUAAUUAACAUGUGAAGACGCACACUUUUAACUGGGCUGAAUGAGUCACGUGCUGAAGACCUUUACGUUGUGUAUAAAUAUCUCGCUACUUUCGGAAGAUUAUUGUGUAGUUAGGGUUUUUACAGUUUUACUUUAUGUAAACAAUCCAGGAUGUAUAAAACAAAACGAAUUAAAAAGAAAAAAAAAUCA